AUGCCCUCCCGCGUCACUCCGCGGUGGUACCCCAACGCGUGCCUCGCGGACCACGUCACGAUCGCAUCGCAUCUCCCGCGCAUCAUGGGCGCGUACGUCGGCCCGAACGCCAUCGAGGCGGCGACGAACGAGAAGAUCAUGCUCACGGUGAACGGCGUGAACGACUGCGAGUACUGCACCGGCCUUCACGGCGAGCUCGGACGGAUGGCCGGCGCCGAGGACGCCGUCGACGCGAAAGCGCAGGCGUGCGUGACGUACGCGAAGAUCUUCGCGCAGCACGACGGCCGCGGCGCCGUCGUCGAAGCCGCCAAGGCGGAUCUCGUCGCCGCCGUCGGCGCCGGCGUCGCGGAAUCCGCGCAGGCGCGUCCCAUACACUGGUCCCCAUACGACCGCGUCGGCGUGGUGAACGCCGUUCCUCAAGGACUUUCGCCGUCGUCUCUCUCCGCCCAGGGUCCCUCGCUUUCAAUCCCCGACCCUAUGACGCCUUUCAACUUCAACUGA